GACGCAACACGCAACGAAAUUCUUUCUUCCUUUCUUAAAAUAAUUUUAAUUUUCUUGUUAACAUUUUUUAAGUGUGUCUAUUAAUUUUCAAUUUAACAAUGAACGGCUAACGGAAUACAAAUAAGUUUCGUUUUCAAAAGUUGUGAAAAUCGGUAAAAAUCGAAACAAGUACGACGGACGACUGCGAGAGCGUGGAAAAUUUGCGAAAGUUUCUAUAAGUUAGUUACGAAUAUUUGCUAGCCGCUUUGUUAGGCAUUUAGAUUUGUAAAUUUAGUGCGUGUGCAAUUAAGUUACAGCUCCUCGAUUACGUUGGCUGCUUUUAUUGUGCCUUAAACAUAGUUAAAAAGUGAAAGAAUUUGUGCCUGUUGUACCAAUUAAUAAUACCAGUCACAAAUUCGGAUAUUUGAGUUCUUGUGUGCAAGCGGCUCAUACAUACGUGUACGUGCACACCAAGUUCCAUUAAACCCCCCUGGCGCUUCAUAAUAUAUACAUAAGCACUACACAUUUAUAGCAACCCAAAGCAAAGUAAAGAUAGAUUGUGUAAUUUAUAUGCAAAUGGCUAAUGAUACCAUAAAAAAGUGCGUGUGACUGCCGCUGACGCUGCUGAUACUCCAACAACAGGCAGCGACGCCGACGCCAUACCAAGUUGGAGACCGUAUGCGAGAGCGCAACAAGUCCAAUUGUGGGUUGAAUGUGCUUAACAGCUAACGAGAAAGGCGGUUGAUAGCAUACGACAGCGUCAACGACCACAACGACAACGAUAAACAUAACUCCAGCCGCCGCGACAGUAUACAACGCUGCGAAGUAACAAAACAAAAAAACAAGUGCCUUUGCAAAGCAAGUCCAAUUAGAUAGCAAUGCCGUUGAAAUUUCUGAAAAAGUGUCGUCAAUACAACGUGACAUCGAAGAGCCUGUUUGUAAUCUCUGUGCAUCAUUUAUUGGACACCUCCACCACAGUCGACUGCACCAUCAGUUCGGAAAGUAAGGGCCAAGAGUGUUUGGACAAUGUUUGCCAGCGUUUAAAUCUGCAAGAACCAGAAUUUUUCGGUUUACGUUAUGUGGUCAAGGGUAAAGAGGAUGAAUUGAAAUGGAUCGAUUUGGAACGUUCACUCAGCAGACAGUUGGAGAAAUAUGCGGCGAGUACGAAAAUAUAUCUGCGUGUACGUCACUAUGUCGAUCCAUCACGUCGCGAUGAUUUGACACGCUACUAUUACUUUCUGCAAUUGAAGAGUGACAUUUAUGAGGGGAAAAUUAUCUGUGACAUACGUACCGCCAUACUAUUAGCGCUCUACUGUCGACAGGCCGAGUAUGAUAGUCAUCAGAAUGACAAACAGACAAAGGAUUAUCUGAAAAAGUCACUCGUGUUGCCGAAGAAUUUACAAGGUCUCGCUAACGAUGACAACCUGCUCGACAGUCUGAUUAUGGAAGUGCUACAACAGAACGCAGGCAUUCAGCACCUCCAGCAAUCCCAGGCCGAGGAGAUGUACAUACAGUGCUGCCAGCAACUAGAUGGUUAUGGCGAAGAGCGCUUCCAAGCAAAAGACACGCUGGGCAACGACCUGCUGCUCGGUCUGGCUAUCAAUGGCAUGGUUGUGGUGGCGGACAACGGCCGUCAAUACUUCCCGUGGAAGGAGUCACAAACGGUUUCCAUUGACAAACGCACCAUCAAAAUCGAGCAAAACAAAGCGGACGGCUCGAUUGUGGGUUCAUUCAUUUUUCCUGACGCUGAUACUGCGCGCUACUUUUGGAAGCUAUGCAUUACGCAGCAUACGUUUUUCAAGCGCUACAUAGACGAGGGCUCUGCGUCAUCUGUGGGUGAUGCGGAGAGCGCAAAUGGCAAUUCGUUGAGCGUUGGCGGUGGUGUUGGCAUGACUGGUGUUAAUAGUAGUGUGCUCACCGGCGGCAUGGAUGCUUAUGGCUAUGGCGAUUUCAAUGAUUCUCGUGAAGAUUUGCUACUCGAGCAGCAACAACGUGCCAUUUACAAUCCCAAUGCGAUUACCAGUGGUGGCGGUGGCGGUGGCGCACUUACAGCCAUUAAUCCAGAAUUCAUGUCUGCGCCAGCUUUACAUCAUGGUUUACUCGCCUCCACACAUGCCUCAAAUGCGUUAAUGUCAUCGAAUAUUUCGCUGGCUGCCAGCCAUCAGUCCGGAGGAGGUGGGGGCGGCGGCGCUCCAAAUGGUGGUAUGCAUUCGCAUAGCGUGGGUGCUAUAGCGCCCAGUUGGUUGGCGAAGGAAUAUGGCCAUGAUUAUGCCUCGACGCAACAUCUGUCGAACAGCAUGUUGGACACGCGCCUCCAGCAGAGCAGUUCUUGCUUGGAUCUAAGCAAUAACAAUGGCAAUAAUAUCGGCGGUGGCAACACUUUCCAAAGCAGUAGCAAUAACAUUGUGCAUGGCCAUCUGGGCGGCAGCGUAACGAACAAUAGCAGCAGCGUCGCCUUGCACAGUGUUGACGCACACGAGCACGAACGACUGAAAGCAAUGUUGCCCACUUAUCGGCCUGCGCCCGACUACGAGACCGCAGUUCAAUUGAAAUAUCGCACACCCUCCAGCGAAUUGCAUCAUCCGCAAAUGAACAAUUAUGCUAACUACCAGCCGCAAUUAGCGUCGAGCGCUUCUGCUGUAGCCAUGGGUGCGACGCCUACCGCCAGUGGAGCUAUCUAUUACGCGGGUUCACAGCCUGAUGUGCAUAAUGCAGCAGCAAUUUAUGGUGACGGUGUAUUACUCAGUCAAUUAGCGCCGCAUCGUUACCCAGAUGUCGCGCAACCAGCGGCCGCAAUGCAUGCCCAACAUCAUCAUCUAACCGCUGCCGGCGUGACAAUGGCGCCGGGUGGGCACAGCAACAGCACUAGCGGCGGCGGCGGUGCAUACAUCGACUUGGGACAUCGUCUGCAAAUGGUGCGUAGCAAACCACCACCUCCUUAUCCCGUCAAUCGCUUGAACUCUUCGUCCACACCUGACCUGGCGGUGGCCUCGCAUCGGCCGCUGAUGGGCUAUCGCGCCUAUGUGUCUGGUUCUUCACCUGAUUUGGUGUCGAACCGUAAUUUUAUUAAUUCACAUUAUCCAUAUGGCAGUACUGUGGGCGGUAGCGUUAGCGCGGCACAAGCGGCCGGCGGUGUAACUGCUACAAAUCAUGCAUUAAUACAUACUCAUCCCUCUUACAUGGGUGGUGGUCAUAUGGGUCAUUCGCAACCUUAUCUGCCGCACGGCACUUUCGAAAAUUUGAAUAUGAUCGAGGAACAACCAUCGAUAUUGUCGCAGCUGCGGCAGGACUGUCUCUUUUUGCCGCAUAAUACACACAGCUACAAUGAACAAAAUUCACCAACUCUAAAUAGCAAUGCCAACAACAACGUUUACCGUCCAACGCCACCACAAGUGCAACCGCAACCGCAGCAGCCCCCUCUACCGCAGCCGCCACAAUUGCAAGCACAUCAGCAACAACAACUGCAGCCAAAUGCUGCUGCUGCAUCACUGCAGCGUAACACUUUAAACGGUUCUGUCGAGCCGAUUUACGAGAAUGUGCCACAUGCGCGUUAUGUUGCUGCCGAGUCGACAGUGCAACGCAAUAUGGAGCAGCGUUCGUCAGGAUCUUCGGCAACCAGUGAAGCUAUGCGCAAUCGCACAGCUUCAAUACAAUCGGCGCCAGGUGGCAUGCACGCGCAGCCGCAACAGCAAAUGCCUCCGGUGCCUGCUGUGCGACAUCAUCAUCAUCACCAACAUCAGCAGCAGCAGCAGCAACAACAGCAGCAGCAGCAACAACAACAAGCGCUUCAACAGCAACAGCAGCAAGCGCUUUUGCAGCAACAGCAGGCGCAAGUGCAAGCACAGCUACAACAGGCUGAGGCUGAGGCGGCGGUUAAUGCCGCGCUCAAUAUGCAUAAAUAUGCUGAACGUGCGGCCAGCACUGAGCUGCAGUUCUUAGAACCUACGCCGCCGCAACGUGCAGUGCGCGCUGCCUCUGCGGCACCAGCCGUUGGCCAUAAUAGUAGCAACAGUCAACAGCCAAUGAUGCAAACGCCGCCGCCAAGGCAACAUCAUCACGCCCACAAGGCGCAACUUAUGCAGAGUGCAUCAUCCGCCUCUUCUGUGGACGUCGCUACAGCGGCGACACCAACGCCAGCAUCAGCUGGUGGUACCGUUAUGCGCGCACAUACAACGCCACCCACGCAUGAUGACACAACGGACUCAGUGCUGCUCGCAGCGCAACAUCAAUUUAGUGCCAUGAACAUAUCUUCAAUUUCAAGUAACGCUUCGGCAUCGGCCACGGCCACCAUGCACCAUUCGUCAUCACAUCAUCAACACCAUCAUAACCGUUCGCAUAAUUCAUCGUUGCUGGACACUACUACCAACUCCAGUAACACCACAAACAGCUCCAACACAACGAAUUCUUCCAACACUACCGGCAAGGAGGGUAAACGCAAAAAAAUAUGGAAUAUUUUGGGACGUAGCAAAACGCCGGAUAAACAGAAAUCGGCAACACUCGGACGCGAAAAGGCCUCAUCAUCGAAUGCGGCAAAGACGGCGGCGAAGAUUAAACUCGCUCAGGACGAUUUGAAUUUGAUGCAUCGUUGGUCGACGGGUGUGCCGCGACUGCAGCCAAUUUCCGGACAAUACUCAAAGGACAAAUUGUGCCCCAUACUCACUGAGAAACUGAACGAUCCGCAACUCUUCAUCGAAUUCGAAAGUAUACCGAAGCGACGUGAAUUGGCACGAUACGACUGCGCACUGAUGGAAGAGAAUGCAAUGAAAAAUUCCGAUCCGAAUUUUUUGCCAUACGACGACAAUCGUGUGUGUAUAACGCCAACGAUGGAGAAUCGAACGGGCUAUGUUAAUGCGUCGCGCAUAUCGGCUACAGUUGGCACCAAACAACGCUUCUACAUAAUUGCUCAGUCCCCGCAGGAGGAGUUGACUACACGCAUUUUCUGGCAGUGUGUCUGGGAAGCGGAUGUGUAUUUGAUUGUACAGCUGUCGGAGGGCUUGAAUUAUAUGCCACCGAAUAGCAAUCAGCGGCUAGAGUUUGGACAAUUCCAAGUGUAUCAGGAAUUCUCACAAACCACAGAUCGUUGCAUUACCAGCAAGCUGCGCCUAUUUCACAUACAAUCGCGUCGCUAUCGUUCCGUUUGGCACUUGAACUACACCAAUUGGGGUGAACAGAAUUGUCCGCGUGAGGUGAAUCAUUUUUUGGAUUUUCUCGAAGAGUUAAAUUCCGUGCGCAUGGCUUCGAUCAAUGAAGUGCCACCGGGACACAAUACGAACCCGCCAGUGUUGAUACAUUGCCUUGAGGGUGGUGGUCGCUCGGGCGUUACAUUGACCGCUGAUUUGCUACUCUAUACGCUGGAUCAUAAUGAGGAUUUGGAUAUACCACGCGUUAUUGGUCAAUUGCGUCAUCAGCGUGAUAGCAUCAUACCGUCCCUAGCCCAGUAUAAAUUCAUUUAUAGUUUACUCAUAACCUAUCUAAAGCGUACGCGUUUGAUUUGAACGCCAACUGUGUGGUUGACUUCAAAUGCAAAUGACUCCCCCCACUCGUGUGGCCAUUAUUAUUAUGAAAUUUAUGCAAUUCUAAAUUGCAAUAGUUUUAAAAGAAAAAGCAUAAAAUCGAAAAUAUUAAACGAGUCGCAAUUUUUAAAAUUUUACAUUUAAGCACGUUAAGUUAAGGAAACGAUAUUUAUAAUUUAUACAAAACAAAUGUAAGCAAAAAAAGAGAUGAAAAAUGAAUAAAAUGAAAAAAAACAAAACACGAUGCAGUGAACGAACAACUAAACGUAUGCGAUAAACUAAGAAUUAAGUAGCAUUGUAAAGAAUACAUUUUUAUUACAUACUUACAUACAUAUUAGAUAUGGUGCUUCCAUCUAAACAAAAAGUGACUGACCGGUAACUCUCGAUACCCCAAAACUCAUACUGAUGAUGUCAAUUCCCAGCCUGUUUGAGUGGCAGUUUUUCGGUGCACUGAAUAAACUGGGGUUCAACGUCCAGAUUUGCGGCCAAACUUAAUCACAGUCAAACUGGCGCUGAAAAACUAGCCACUAAUGUUAAGGGGGGAGCCUGCUUUAGAGGCCUCAAAAAAUUGAUUUUUUCGUGGUUUUUUUGGGAAGGAAAGAAAUAUUCGAUUGAAACGAAACGUACAGGUUUUAUUGUUAUAUAUUUCAACAGUCUUCUCAAAUUUUUUCAUU